CAAUUGUUUUGUUCUCCGCCUCGCUGGAUCGUGACACGCCAGUUGCCAUCAACACUAUUGUCCGCUACACCAAUGUGAUCACCAACUUCGGCAAUGCCUAUAACCCUAUCACCGGAGUCUUCACCGCCCCCAGGACAGGCGGGUACGUGUUCCACAUCCAUGGCUUAUCAGCGCCAGGAAAAGGAUUCUGGAUCUGUCUGUACCACAACGAUCGCUGUACCUAUAAGGCGCACGGCAGUGCAGCCGGUUCCUGGGAGACGGGAGGCAACACUGUAGGUCUGCGAGUCAAGUCUGGGGAGAAGGUCUAUGUGAAAAGUACCUAUCAAUCAACUUUCUUAUACAGCGACGGCGAAAACCUGUACGGAACCUUCACUGGCUACUCAGUUGGUUCGUAA